AUGUCUUCUUCUUUGAGCUCGUCCGCGGCGCUACCCACCGGUGAUGCUCCUUCAUCGCUGGUGGUCAACCCACCUUUCCGACAUGCGCACGUGGGGUCAUUCCUGCGUCCAGCUAGCAUCCACGCUGCACGCGCCGAUUUUGCAGCAGGCAAGAUCGACGCUGCAUCUCUGCGACAGCUGGAAGAUCGCGAGAUCGCCGCGCACGUCUCGCAGUUACUCUCGAACAACGUACAGGAGAUCACCGACGGCGAGUUUCGUCGCGAGUACUUUCAUCUGGAUUUCCUCAAACACAUCUCUGGAAUCAGUAUCAGCAAGAACACGCUCGAGCAGAAGGACGGCCGUGCACCGCCCACGCUCAGCGUUACGGGCAAGCUGAAGCACACGCACAAUAUCGAGGUGGACAAUUUCAAGUAUCUCAAGAGUCUCGUCCCGCAAGACGCGGUCAAGCGGAUCAAGAUCACGAUUCCUUCGCCGACCAUGUGUCACUUCCGUGGUGGCAGGGCGGCGAUCAGUACGCAAGCGUAUCCGGAUUUGGACGAGUUCUUCGCCGAUCUAGCCGCGGUGUACAGGAGCGAGAUCGACGCGCUCUACGCUGCUGGUUGCAGGUACAUCCAACUGGACGAUACCAAUUUGGCGUAUCUGACGGACGCCACAAUGCGCGCGCAGGCCGAAGCACGCGGCGAAGACCUCUCGACGCUUCCACACGACUAUGCGCGUCUGAUCAACGCGUCGCUCGCGACGAAACCCACCGACAUGGUCGCCGCGAUCCACCUGUGCAAGGGCAACUUCCGCAGCCAGUUCUUCGCGCAAGGCAGCGACCAAGGCUACAACCCUAUCGCUUCAGUGCUAUUCAACGAGCUCAACGUGAACGCCUUCUUCCUCGAAUGGGAAGAUGAGCGCUCCGGAAAAGACUUUUCCGCUCUCACCCACCUCCCCGAAAACAAACUCGUCGUCCUCGGUCUCGUCAGCUCGAAAUUCGCCACUCUGGAAGACAAACAGCUGCUCAUACACAAACUCAACGACGCCGCCAAACACGCCAAAGGUGGCCUCAACCAGCUGGCUAUCAGCCCGCAGUGCGGUUUCAGCUCCACCGUCCACGGAAACGAAAUCACUCCACAGACCCAGUUUGACAAACUCGCUUUGUGCAGAGACGUCGCCGAGCACGUCUGGCAAGACACUGUCUAG